AACACGUCUCGACGCGUGGGUCCAUCGCAGAAAAAUACUUAAAAAAUGUUUAAAGGAAAGGUAGUUCUUAUCACCGGUGCGAGUUCUGGAAUCGGGGCUCAAACUGCUUUAGAUUUCUCCAAAUUAGGAGCAAGUUUAGUUCUGACUGGAAGAAAUGAAGAUAAUUUAGAACGAGUCGUCGAAGACUGUAUCUGUGUUUCUCCGAAGAAGUCGGUGCCCCUAAAAAUAAUCGGUGAUAUGAGGAAGGAAAGCGAUAUCGAGCUGAUGGUGAAGAAGACCAUCGAUGAAUUUGGGAAGAUCGACAUCCUGGUGAACAACGCUGGAGUGUUUUUGAGUGGAAAUAUAGAAAACGCCUCCUUGGACCAAUACGAUUUAAUAAUGAACACGAAUGUGCGCGGGCCAUAUUAUUUGACGAUGCUAGUCGUACCGCACUUGAUCGAAACAAAAGGAUGCAUCGUAAACGUAUCCAGUGUGGCCGGCGUGCGAUCAUUUCCCAACAUCCUCGCCUAUAGCGUAUCAAAGGCUUCCUUGGAUCAAUUCACUAGAUGUACAGCUUUAGAACUGGCACUUAAAGGCGUGCGCGUGAAUGCCGUUAAUCCCGGCGCUAUAGAAACCGGGAUCCACUUGAAAGGGGCUAUGACUGAAGAGGAGUAUGUAGCGUAUCAAAAAAAGUGUAAAGAAACACACGCAAUAGGGAGGAUGGGUCAGGCGAAUGAGGUUUCAGCAGCCAUAACCUUCUUGGCGAGUGAUGCGGCCAGUAACAUCACCGGGGUGACGUUGCCAGUCGAUGGUGGGCGCCAUGCCAUGUGCCCUCGUUAAUUAAAUUAAUAGCAUUUCAAAGCGUUUGUUAAUAUAGGUACAUGUUUUAAAUAUAAACAAUAGUAUUGUAUACCUUGCGAUAAAUAACACUAGACAUGAUGCUGAAUCGUUUAUUGAAGUGAUAUUUACAGUUUAAGCGUGUGGAAUAGAGUGGAGUUAAAUUUUUUGUGGGCCAUCGUACUGUUACCAGUGAAAUAUUCGUAUGCUGAGGAAGCUAAGCACGAGGCUAUCUCGCCAAAGAUGGUUCCUGUGUCGACGCCUGCAUCGAUCAGUCCUUUGCCCGCGCACACCUCUAAAGCGGCAGGCAACGCGGCCAGAGAGAGGUUUAUCAUCCAAACCUGAAAGUGUAAACCAAUUAAACAAUA